AUGUGUGGCCGGUACUUGUGGCAGCUGUUGGCUGAAGAGAGCCGCCACUCUACCCUGGUGGGCCGGCUCCUGCUUCCGGUGCUCCUUGGGGUCCGCAUCUUCCUCUUGGCUGCCACUGGGACCGGGGUCUACGGGGAUGAGCAGAGUGAAUUUGUGUGCAACGCCCAGCAACCUGGUUGCAAAGCUACCUGCUACGAUGCCUUCCAUCCCCUCUCUCCACUGCGCUUCUGGACCUUCCAGGUCAUCUUGGUGGCUGUGCCCAGCACCCUGUACAUGGGGUUCACCCUGUACCAUGUGAUAUGGCAUUGGGAAGAAUUGGGAAAGGUGAAAGAGGAGGUGCCCCUGGUCCAAGAGGGCAUGAGCAGCAUAGAUACCACGUGUCCAAGAAGUUCCAGGUUGCUCUGGGCCUAUGUGGCACAGAUCGGGGUUCGACUGGUCCUUGAGGGGGUGACCCUGGGUGCUCAGUACUAUCUGUAUGGGUUCAAGAUGCCCAGUUCUUUUGUGUGCCGUAGAGAUCCUUGCCAUGGGAGUAUAAACUGCAAUCUGUCUCGCCCCUCAGAGAAGACCAUCUUUCUAAAGCUCAUGUUUGGGGUCAGCGCACUCUGUCUCUCAUUCACCCUUUUGGAACUUGUAUUUCUGUGUUUGGGGAGGCUGUGGAGGGCCCAGAAGCACACAUCUUCCAACAAGGGCCUACCGCCAGAGAGCAGCAGAAGACACAAGGAGGCAAGUGAUCACUUCCCAGUGGUGGAGACGAAAGAGCAGUCCCAGGAAGCAGUGCUAUGAUGUCACCUGGCUCCGAAGAAAACCCUAUGAAUGGAUCUUCCGUCAAAUAUUCAGUCGUCGUCGGUGGGGCUUUACAUGCAAGACAAGCUCGAGGCUGUGGAAGGACUUUUAAAGGCCAUGGUGUUCCCGCAUUGUCUGAGGGAUUGCCCUGGAGAGCCCCUGAUGGUGCCUUCCCACCACCAUUCUCUGAUGCCAGCAUGACAAAAAUCUCUGUUGAUAGCCAGAAGAUGUUGAUAGUACAGUCGUGUCUCCCAUGCCCUGCUCAGCAAGUACUAACUACUGCCAUUGGCCUUCUUGAAUACUAACCAUUGCCAUUGGCCUUCUUGUUUUGAAGGCAAUGGUCUUUCUUGUCUCGGUGACCCAUCUCUUUACUGGUCAUCCUCACUCUGCUCCUCCCAAGGUCAAUGGCCUAUAACCCAUGAAUGCUGCUACCUCUGCAACCUCUGCUCCAACUAAGAACUCUACGUCUAUACAACGCAAUGUCCUUUACUAUUUAGAUGAGAUUGAUCGAAACACAUAGUUACAUCCUUUGGGAAGAUUACUGUGAAUCCAGGGCUUAAACACCUUUGGCCACCGACAGCCCUCCUUUCUGCUGAGUUCUCGUUCUUAGCUUUUGCUCCGCAAGCUGCUUCGCUCUCUUCAACACAGCAGCAACUCAAAACAAACUCCCUGCCAUCGAGUCGAUUCUGACUCACAGCCACCCUCUAGGACAGGGUAGA